UAAAGCGGGCCUUGAUUUUAGUAUUAGUUUGCUUCUAAACCUUUCAAUAGCUUUCCGUUUCAUUUGCAUUCCACAUUGAAAAUUUCAACCGUUAACAUCAGAGACAAAAUUUUCUCGUUGAAAAAAAAAAAGUACAAAAAUAAAGACACGAAAUAAAAUUCUAAAUUAUACAAGCUUUAUAUAUUUUGAGGAAUAAGAAUACACUUACAUAAUUUGUAGCGAAAUCAUGCAACGUUCGUCACCCUUUCUAGUCGGAAAAAUGGUACGCGGCCAGCUCCUCGGCCUGGCCAGCAACUGGCGGGAUAUCCGACGCUGUUUGGCCUCCAAUCCUUGGAGCAGUAGCCAAAGCGGGGGACGCGGAUCUCGGGGUGGUUCGAGUGGUGAUCGAUCAGAGGGUGCAUUAUCGGCGGGAUCAGGCUCUGAUCGAUCUGAUCAAUCAGAAACCACCAAGGGGACACUAGCCCGCGCCAGUGCCACAUCCAUGGUGAUGCGCGAUUCAAGCUACUAUACACGUGGCGUUAACCAGGGUUCCUUGGAGCGUCGCAUCAAUCGUGAGGAUUACAUGUGGCACAAUCGUAAUCACGCAGAUACCAAGUGGCUCAAUCCCCACGAUCCGCUUGCCUAUCGGCCCAACUUUAGCCAGACGGAGCCCACCAUUAUGAAGAAGCAGUUUAUGCGUAGCCCGGACCAGGUAACACGCGAAGUCCUCGGCCGAGACUGGGAUGAGGCCGUGAAAACCUAUCGACGUUCGUCCAAGAGCAACGAUACAAACGAUAAGAUUGACUGGGAGGAGCAGCAGCAGCAGCCGCAGCAGCAGCAAAACACAUUGAAGCUGCAGCAUCCCUCGCAGCAACAGCAACAAAAGCAGCAUCAAUAUUAUCAACACUGGAACGCAAAGCCAACGCAGGAUCAGUCGUAAUAGCGCUCACAUGUUCACACACUCGGAAAGGACUAGUUUUUGCUCGUUUCAUAACGAUUCCGUCGAUUCCCGUAUGGGGAAAGGGUUAUGGAUUUGGAUACAGAGCCAAAUCGGAGGUGAUCCAGUAACUGCACUCAUUUCGUUCACAUAUUCUGAAAAGCAAAUUCAUGUCAACACAAAACCAAUUAAAUUCUAAAGUCUUGAGCAAGUAA